AUGCUGCUGAAAACCGCUAUUCUUUGUUGUUUUUAUUUCGUGCAAGCUUCCGGCUGCCUUGACUUUAAACUACCCGUAUUCUUCGGCGAUUCUGGCCGCCUCCGACGCGACUUGCUCAUUGACUUGACCACGGACGAAAACUUUGUUCUGGACGCCAAGACUUUCAAGCAACGGUAUGGCGACAGAAGGGUCUAUGAUCCCAAAGCUUCAGCUACGUUUAAGAACCGCACCAAGAGGUUCUAUGACUUCUACCCGGUGUGGUUUAUUCAAAACUACUCUUCAGUUCAUGGCUAUGUCGGCGAAGAUAUUGUCAGGAUUCUAUCGCAUCCAGUGAAGGCAAAGUUCGGCGUUGUGACUAGUGUGGAGGGCGAGGGAAGCAUCGAAACUUGUGAUGGCCGAGGCGUCGCCGGUCGACUUGGGCUUUCCCGAGGCAAUGGAACGACCAAUUUGGGAUCCGUAUUUAUGAGAGAUCGGUCACAGGCGGUUCUGUGUCUGUCGGCAAUUUCAGAGUAAGUCGGGUGAAGAUUUUUCUUACAUACUACAGAUAUCUGUAUAGAAUCCACGUCUGGGCAUUUUCUGGGACUAUGAUUUGUCCUAUGCUGUUUUUGUUAUCACACUGUUUCUGUCUCCAUUCGAUGAGUAUCGGCAGUCUGCCGGGAAAAUAACGAGCGGAAUGCCACUUCGCCUAACGCGUCGCUGAAGUGAAAAGCAGUUUGAUUUUGCCGCGACACAAUUCAUUUUUCCGGCGGCGAUACUUGACUCAUUUAACGAGACACCAGCGUCGCUGAGACAAAAACCCCCGACGCCAAAAAAUAGUUUAUAUCAUCAGUCUGUCGGGAAAAUAACGGCGGAUCGUCGCGCCUCGGAAUCGUCCAUCAUCGCUUUGCAACGGCAGCAGCAGCUGGAGAUUUGGUUUGAUUUUUUUUCCAUAACUGUCUGAAAAAAUCUAAUGAUCAGAAACGCGGCAUAACGAAAUAGUUUUUGGGCUUUUAUCAGUCUGUCGGGAAAAUAACGGCGCCUUGAAGUCAUCGCUUUGCGACGGCGACCGCAACUGGAGAUUUGGUGCGCGAUAGCGGCGAGACAAGACAUUUUGCUGCGACACCUAGCCGUUAUUUUCCCGACAGUCCGAUUCAAUACAAAUCCAGCACCAUCAAAAAAAUGGCACGUGAUGACUUCACACAUGAAAAAUAGAUUCUGUAAUCAUCUCUGGACGUUGCGGCACGCUUUUCUUACUCAAUGACUAAUCUCUUAUCAUUUUAGAAGAGCAAUGAUUUAUAUUGGGGACUUUAUCUACGACAAACACGACUUUCUCGCCAAAGUCCCAGUGGUCCCUGAUCUUGACGUUCUCUGGAAGGUCAAGUUGGAAAAGUUGGAGUUCAUAAUUGGAGGCGCACGAACAUAUGCAUAUCUGGAAGCCAUCCUCUCCACAACUCUUCCGGGAAUCUCACUACCAUCGCCCGUAUUUAGCGCUACAAUUCGGGCUCUCGACGCGAAAUAUGACCACAACAGCGGGAAUUAUUUUGUGGAUUGUGGCAAGGAGUUCUCGCUCUCCUUCGAAGUCCAAAACGACAAGAUUAUUGAGGUCAAGUUGGAGGAUUUUACGAAAAAAGUCGGAGAUCAAUGUAUAUUGUUGUUGAAGAGCCAUUACGCAAGCAAAUUCGUCGUGCUGGGACAAGUCUAUUUCAAGGAUCGUGGGUAUUGCUUGGAUUUUAACAAGAAUGAGAUCCAUUUUUAUAACCAUAAAGAACAUUCUGGUGGACUACGGAAAAAAGAUUAUGGAAAAAGUUUGUUGAUAAAAUAAAUGUGUAUGUAAGGGAGUUUGAUAAAUGAAUGCUAUAGGUUUUCUGCCGCAAUGAAUGUACCUUCCUUCCAAUUGAAGUGUCAGCGACAAAGAAUCUGACAUUGCUCUUGAUAUUUUUCUUGCUGCAAAAAACUUCACAUAUCAGUCUGUCGGGAAAAUAAUAUGAACUCUGUCGCAUCGAAAAUCGCAUCGCGGCCGAGAAAAUUAAUUGUGUCGCGACGAAAUCGAAUUGCUUUUCACUUCAGCGAGGCGCAGCAACAUUCCGCUCAUUAUUUUCCCGACAGACUGAUAGUAUUACAUUUGCCGUAAAAUUCACCAGCUCUAUACGAUACUAGGGAUUUCAUUCCACGGCACAGAAAAAUUUUAUCAGUCUGUCGGGAAAAUAAUGUGGAUUUGUCGCUGCAAAGUUUCUUUGCCUUGCCGCGGCGCCAAAUCCCGAGCCGAUGGCGACCACUCGGCUAGUGGUGAACAAAGUGAUGAUGGGCGACCAAAAGCUCGACAAAAUCGCAUCGCCGCUUUUAAUUGUGUCGCGGCAAAGUCGAAUUGCUUUUCACUUCAGCGACGCGAUCGACGCAGCGACAUUCGGCUCAUUAUUUUCCCGACAAACUGAUAAGUCGCUUAUCAGCGGUUUCGUUGAGCGAUUCCUGUUUUUGUUCCUAUUCCAUUGCUAUUAUUUUCACGAAUUUGAAGAGCAUGCUGCUAAAAGCCUCUAUUCUUUGUUGUUUUUUCUUCGUGCUAGCUUCUGGCUGCGUUGAUUUCAAACUACCCGUAUUCUUCGCCGAUUCUGGAGGACUCCAACGAGACUUGCUCAUUGACAUAGCCACUACCGAAAACUUUGUCCUGAACGCCAGGACUUUCAAGCAAAAGUAUGGCGACAGAAGGGUCUAUGAUCCCAAAGCUUCAAAGACUUUUAAGACCAGCGACAGACGUUUUUAUGGUGUCUUCCCUGUGUGGAUUACUCAAAAUUAUUCAACAGUUUAUGGCUAUAUCGGCGAAGAUAUUGUCAGGAUUCUGUCGCAUCCAGUAGAAGCCAGCUUCGGCGUUGUGACUGUUGUGAAGGGUGAGGACAGCGUCAAAACUUGUGAUGGCCAAGGCGCCGCCGGUCGACUUGGACUCUCAAGAGGCCGUGGAACGACCAAUUUGGGAUCAGUGUUUAUUAAAGAUCGGCAACGGGCGAUCCUGUGUUUGUCGGCAAUUUCAGGGUAAGUCGGGUUACGAGUUCUUACGUAGAAUUCUAUACUGGUUCUUUUCUAUUUCGGGUUGCCGUACCCUGUAUCUAUCAGUCUGUCGGAAAAAUAUUGAGCAUUCUGUCGUAUCGAAAAUUGCAUCGCCGCCGAGAAAAUUAAUUUUGUCGCGGCAAAAUCAAAUUGCUUUUCACUUCAGCCACGCGAUCGGAGUAGCGAUAUCGUGCUCACUAUUUUCCCGACAGACAGCUAAUUUACCUUUUAUUACCUCUUGAACGUUGCGGCCCGCUAUUCUUACCCAAUGACUAAUCUUUGACUGUUUUAGAAAAGCAAUGAUUUAUAUUGGCGACUUUAUCUACGACAAACAAGACCUUCUCGUCAAAGUCCCAGUGUAUCCCGAUUUUGACGUCCUCUGGAAAGUCCAGUUGAGAAGUCUUAUAGUUGGAGAAAAAACAUACGCAUCUCCCCUAGCGAUUCUCUCCACAACACUUCCGGGGAUCUCAUUACCAGAGCCUAUGUUUGGCGCAGCAAUUCAGGCUCUCGGCGCGGAAUACGACAACAACACUAGGAAUUAUUUUGUGGACUGUGGCAAGAAUUUCUCGCUCUUCUUCGAAGUCCAACAGGGCACGAUUAUUGAGGUCAAAUUGGAAGAGUUUACGAAAAAACUGGAAGAUCAAUGUAUAUUGUUGUUGGAGAACCAUUACAUAAUAAGCUUCGUGGUGCUAGGACAAGCCUAUUUCGAGGAUCGCGGGUAUUGCUUGGAUUUUGAUAAGAAAGAAGUCCAUUUUUAUAACCAUACAGAACAUUCUGGCGGACUAUGGAAAAAAUAUAAUGGAAAAAAUUUGUUCAUAAACUAA